GCACUGACUUCCGGUGUCUGUGAUUGAUCAUGCUUCCAAACAUAGCAUAGGUUUGGCGGUAUUCCGCCAUGUUUUUCGACUUUCUCUUUCCUUUUUAGCGUGUAUUAACCUUCAGAUAUGACUGAAAUAAGUGUAUGAUAAAAAACUUCACUUAGAAAGUGGUCUACGAUGCGUCCUUAUUGGUGUGGUUGCAUAUUAUUUAUUGCUAUUUUGAUCAAGUGUUCCACUUGCUAUGGCAUAGUUAAAGGUUAUGGUGAAACUUGCCAGAGCGAUGAAGUAGAUGUUGCUAAGAACCAAUCAGCACAAGCACCUUUUGUGACAAUUCUAAACUCAACAGAGCUUAUUCUAGCCUUGACAGGGCAGUCACGGCGAUUACUCUGCUGUAUGGGCGGGUCCCCUAGGCCUUCGAUCACAUGGCUUAAAGAUGACUCACUGUUGGAUAUUAAGGAAAAUUACAAAUUGGAAGUUUUUGAGCAAGGGCAGAUUCUACAAAAUUCAAAUGUCUUGAAAUCUGAUGCCGGAAAUUACACAUGUAUUGGGAGUAAUCCACUUGGAAAUGCAAGUCAUUCUUUCUACUUUACUGUUCAAGAACGUCAGUGGGAUUUUAACCCUAUUAUCCAAAUGCAUGCAGACCAAUGGAAUGCAACCAUCUUUAGUAACAUCACGCUGACAUGUCAGAUUACCAGCUCUAAAAAACCAUUUGUCUCCUGGAUCCACAUCAAGAAUUUCACCACACCAUCCUUCCCGAGAGUAAGACACAUUCUGACUAACAAUGGUGGUGAUAAGUGGACCACGUCACUUCCUAUUGUCAAUGUCAGUUAUGAAGAUGGUGGGAAGUAUAUCUGCAGAUCCACAAAUGCGAUUGGGCAUAAGAAUGUGUCACAAGAUGAAGGAGUGCUGUAUGUUAUGGAUGAAGAUAAUACAAUGGCUGGUCGUAUGGGGAGUACGUCUCAGACAAGAUCAGACAAGUCUCUGGUGAUUGGACUCUCCCUUGGUGUCCUAUUAUUUAUAGUUUUGCUUGUUCUAUCUGCUCUUGUCCUGCGAAGGAGACAACAGCACCAUGGUGUUGACUUCAAAACUCUUCUUUUUGCUGACCCAAAGCGGUUCAUAGACCAAACGGAACUCCUAGCUCCAGAAGAAACGCAUCACGAAUUCGACGUAUUCAUCUCCUAUUCAAGCCAAGAUAGAGACUUGGUGAAAAACGUCUUCUACCCAGAAAUAACAAGAACCCAUAAAGUCUGCAUUGACUUCAAAGACUUUGAAGCCGGUCUAUAUAUAACAGAUAACAUCGCCAAUGCCAUCUUCAAAAGCCGGAAGACCCUUCUUAUGAUCACCAGAAACUUCCUUAGACGAGAGGGUGGCUGGACCUACUUCGAGAUGCAGAUUGCGCAGGGAAGACUCCAGCAUGGGCAUGACGUCCUGGUGCCUGUGAUGCUGGAAAACAUCCCACUAAAUGAGCUGCCCUCGACUCUACAGCAUUACCGUUCCAGACGCACAUGGCUCGAGUGGUUCAACGAGGACGUCAGGCCACAUUUCUGGGAGAGGUUGAGGGUCGCACUGGAGCCUAGUUUGUUUGAACAUCAAGGGGAAGGAGCUGUCUAGGUUAACCCAAGGAGUCAUAGUUAUAGAGCUUGUUUUACAUAAUGAAGAGAGAUCAGAGCUAUUAAGUGUUGACCGUUAGAUCAAGAGUGGCUUCGAGACCUAGUUUACUUGGACAGCUAGGCGAGAAGGGACCUGGCUAAAGUUGUCAGGUCGCCUUGGACUAGAUGCCGUUGGUGUGAACAAUAGGGCAAGCACGUUGCUAGAGGAGGGGACCGGACGCCAUCCUGCUUAGGAGCCGAGAAAAGAAAUAACGCGAUAAUGCGCUGAAUGUCAAUUAGAUUCCAAGGAUCUAGUGACCUCUACCCUCUUCAAAGUAAGUUAUUAUCUCUCUAGACCCCACUCUGCGUUUUUCUCUGGACACGCCCCUCUUAGAGGGAUUGAUAAAUUCUUCUUUCAGAGAGAAAAAUAGCGCCGCUCUAAUAGGCUUUUCAAAAGCAAAUAACGAAGGCGCGCUUAGACCAGGAGAAAGUGAAACGUAAUAGAAGGAUGGACUACUUUACGGCAUACAAUAUGUGAACCUUGAAAAGCAUUAUAGCUAUAAUUUACAUGAGCACCCGUUUGGCCAAUGGCGGGACGCUAACACAGUCUGCUGCAGAUCGGCGACCAUGCACAGCUGUUUUGUCCGUGCAAGCUGCGCCAUUACCUGCCAGCAUUGCUGGCGAAUUUUCGCUUGACUGACUAUAGGAAAAAGGAGAUGUCAAAAUGGCAAAUGUACUUUCUGACAUUUCCUUUGUUUUGUGGUCAGUCGAGCAAGAAUUUGCCAGCAAUGCUGGCAGGUGCUGGCACAGUUUGCACAGGGCUUUAGGACUCGCCAGCAUGGCAUAGUGGUUUUCCCCCAGAUAAACUAUAUCGGCAAAAAAAUGCUUACUGGCUUCCGGCAAUCAAGUAACGCUUUGCGUCGAAAUGGCGGUAUUUGAUUUUCUGGCUUUUUUCUUAAGUUUCCGUUUACAUUCUUUAAUGGAGGGAAUACUCUGUUCCAAUCUCCCGCCAGCCUACCUUUGUGGAAGCAUGACCGAUACAAAAGACGGCUACGCGGGAGACUAGGAAUACUAAAAAAAAUCGCAGUAUGAUUGCAUUCACCAAUUUAAUGUACUUGUUUGCGUCAGGCAGGUAAAGGAAGGAAUAUAGAAUCUCAGUCUCGAGAAAAAUAGAAUCGUUGUUACUGUGUCGUCGUCAGUUAGGAAGAGUAUUAGAGUGUUGUGAUGCCAGGGCUGUCUGGUAGGCGCGAAUGACGGCUUUCAAGCCUGUUCUGCACAUUGGCAAGGUAGAAAGAUGAAUAAUGGAGUUGUGAUGUGGAAUUUCGUUUGCACUUUAUUAACAACAAAUCAAACUGGACAUCAAUAA